CGCACAGGUCCCCAGCACAUCUGGAAGAGAGCCGCGCCUCUGGAACCUAGGUUGGACGCCGAGCGCAUAACUGGAGCAGCGAGCUACCGCGCAGCUGGGGCCCUUCGAGGCGCUCCGGGCACACAUCUGGGACCUCGAGCAGGGGCCGUGCAGACAGCAGCUGGACCAGGGGAGGGGGGCGGCGGCUGCACAGCUGGACCGAAGGGGGCGGGGUCCGUCCUGGACUACUGGCUGAAAGGAGGGCCGCGAGCCUCCAGGGACUGGAGCAUGGGACGGCGCGCUUGAAGGAGCAGGAAGGGAAAGAAGGGGCCUGGGACCCCCAUAGGAAAGGAAGAGAGAAAGGGGGACGAGAGCAGAGGUGGAAGAUGCAACUGACUCGCUGCUGCUUCGUGUUCCUGGUACAGGGCAGCCUCUAUCUGGUCAUCUGUGGCCAGGAUGAUGGUCCUCCCGGCUCAGAAGAUCCUGAACGUGAUGAUCAUGAGGGCCAGCCCCGGCCUCGUGUGCCUCGAAAGCGGGGCCACAUCUCACCUAAGUCCCGCCCCAUAGCCAAUUCCACUCUCCUAGGGCUGCUGGCUCCACCUGGGGAGGCUUGGGGGGUCCUUGGGCAGCCCCCCAACCGCCCAAACCACAGCCCUUCACCCUCAGCCAAGGUGAAGAAAAUCUUUGGCUGGGGCGACUUCUACUCCAACAUCAAGACAGUAGCCCUGAACCUGCUUGUAACGGGGAAGAUUGUGGACCAUGGCAAUGGGACCUUCAGCGUCCAUUUCCGACACAAUGCCACAGGCCAGGGCAACAUCUCAAUCAGCCUUGUGCCCCCCAGUAAAGCUGUAGAGUUCCACCAGGAACAGCAGAUCUUUAUUGAAGCCAAGGCCUCCAAAAUCUUCAACUGCCAGAUGGAGUGGGAGAAGGUAGAACGGGGCCGCCGGACCUCGCUCUGCACCCAUGACCCAGCCAAAGUCUGCUCCCGAGAUCACGCUCAGAGCUCAGCCACCUGGAGCUGCUCCCAGCCCUUCAAAGUCGUCUGUGUCUACAUCGCCUUCUAUAGCAUAGACUAUCGGCUGGUCCAGAAGGUGUGCCCAGAUUACAACUACCAUAGCGAUACCCCCUACUACCCCUCUGGGUGACCCUGGGCAGGCCGUGGAGGCCAGACCAGGGCUGCAAGGACAGGCCUGCCCAUGCAGGAAGCCAUCUGUCUGGACACUGGGCAGGAAAGGGGGUGGAGAGGAGGAGAUGCCAAGUGGGGCCAGGACCAAGUCUCAAGUGGCAGGGAGAGGGUCCCAAGUUCUGGCCCCAACCUGAGGCAGUGGAACGAUGGGAACCCAGGUGCUGGAGGAGGAGUGGGCUCUCUGUGCAGCCUUCCAGGGAUUUUCCAUUGAGCCACAGACAGAUGCUGGGUCCCCCAGGCCCUUGGACAGGCAGGCCUGUGUGGACCCAGUCAAGUCAUGGAAGGAUCCUACAUGCUUGGCUCCUGCCAUCCUGAGAGAGGACAUCAACAGGCUAUGGGGGCAUUUCAUUAGUGUGAACACACUGUCACCUUAGGAUAACUGGCUGAGACAGGACUUCCUGGGAGCUCUCUAGCCCAGCCAAGUGGGCAGUCCUGGGCCCCGUGCCCUGCACUGAGCAUGGCAUGAGUGGUGACUCUUGCAGUCCUUGAUGUCUUGGCAAAUAGACCAUGCAUCUCCAGCUAGGCCACCCCUUUCCAAAAUUCCCUCUCCUGGCAGCCUUCCCCACUGUACCCGCCCUCUUGCUGAUGGCAAGGAUGGUGGGGUCCUCAGGUGGAAACCCACCUGCGUGCUCUGUGUCUGUCUCCCAGCCUACCCCCCUGCUGGCUCCUUUGGAAGCAUCAUUGUCGCAGAGCGUGGUCCCUUAAUUGUCAGCCUUGCCUGUCAAACUUGAGCUGUCCUGGAGAGGGAAGGUGCCUCUCUCUCAGCCCAGGGGCCAGCAGCAGGGAGGUGGUGGGCAAAGCUGGACCGUGUGCAGGUCUGUUCCGUCGUG